AGGGGAGGGGGGAUUUGAGAAAGAGGCAGGCUGGAGAAGCUCUUCAACAAGGCAAACAGCAGUGCUCUGCGAAAACGACUUUAUCUAGCCGUGUUCAACAUCAACCUGGGACCGACGAGCGACGGUUAAACCUCCCCGAGUCACUAUUUAAAUGUUCCUUUGGAUUACUAGCACACUUUCGUCGAAAAACGGACGCGAUUCUCAACUUGACAGCGCAGCCUCGGAUCCGCUACACUGGUCACUUAAAGGACUCGUAGAGAGAUGAAGACUCUGGAGGAGCCCCCUUACUUGACAGUAGGGACUGAUGUGAGUGCCAAGUACCGAGGGGCUUUCUGCGAGGCCAAGAUUAAGACUGCAAAACGUCUGGUCAAGGCUAAGGUGACCUUUAAAUCAGAUCUGUCCGCAGCUGAGGUCCACGAUGAAAGCAUCAAAGGACCGCUGAAGGUGGGUGCUAUUGUAGAAGUGAAGAACCAGGAUGGAUUUUACCAGGAGGCCACAAUCAAUAAGCUGACCGACGCAAGUAUUUACACAGUUGUGUUUGAUGAUGGCGAUGAGAAGACCUUAAGACGUUCCUCCCUCUGCCUUAAAGGCGCUCGUCACUUUGCAGAGAGUGAGACACUUGACAGACUCCCUCUCACUAAUCCUGAGCACUUCGGCACACCUGUCAUCGGAAAAAAGGGUAAUAGGGGCCGGCGAUCCAACCCAAUCCAAGAGGAAGACUUGUCUUCAUCCUCCAGUGAAGAAGAGGAGAGUGAUCAACGGCAGAAUGAAGAUCUUUUUGGAAAAGUGGUCUGCGUAGAGGGAGUGGCCAUGGGGGAUAAAAAGAAAACCACGUGGUAUCCUGCUCUGGUCACCUCCCCCGAUUGCCAUGAUGACAUCACAAUGAAAAAGGAAAGCUUAUUCGUCCGCUCUUUCAAGGACGGAAAAUUUUACAUGGUGUUACGGAAGGAUGUUCGAGAGAUCGACACAGAUUGUCCCCUGAAGGCGGAUGCAGGGCUGAAGUCAGCGCUGGAUGCAGCCUUGGAGUUUCAGCAACAGUCGGUCAUUCCCAUCACGUGGAAGACUGAAGUGAAAGAGGAAAGCUCCAGCAGUGAGGUGGAUGAUGAUGAGGAGGAGGAAGAGGAGGAACAAGAAGAAGAUGCCAGUGGCGAAGAAGAAGAGGAGGAAGUGGAGCCAUAUCCCGAAGAAAGGGAGAACUUUCUUCAGCAGCUCUACAAGUUCAUGGAAGACAGAAGAACGCCCAUUAACAAGCGGCCUGUUCUGGGAUAUCGGAAUCUCAACUUGUUCAAGCUCUAUAGACUGGUGAACAAACUGGGAGGCUUCGACAAUAUUGAAAGUGGCGCAGUUUGGAAGCAAAUCUACCAGGACCUGGGAAUCCCUGUGCUCAAUUCAGCUGCUGGCUACAACGUCAAAUGUGCUUACCGCAAGUACCUUUAUGGCUUUGAAGAAUACUGCACUUCCACUGCCAUCACAUUCAAGAUGGACCUCCCUUUGAAGCAGCCCCCCAAGGGAGAGUCGACGUCUGUGGUUGAGGGAGAAAACACAGCCCCCACAUCAGCCAGCUCUGAAGAGCGAGAAGACCAUGGAAAUGGAGAACCAAUCAGCACACCAUCUGAGGUCUGCAAGGAAGAGAAACCUGAGUUGGUUCCAAACAAAAGUCAGUGCACAUCUUCAAAAGCUGACGGAAAGGACAGCAAUGGAAACAACACCUAUGAUGAGGAAGAGGAGGAUGAAGACGGUAGCCCCCACACAGAUGAAGGCUCUUCAACGUCUCGCCUUGGAGCUGAGAACAUAAAACAGGAGCAUGACGAGGACCAGGAGAGCAAGGACAACUCUGGGGAUGACAACAGUCAGGAGGGGGAGGAAGGGGAAGAGUUUGAGUGUUACCCCCCGGGGAUGAAGGUGCAGGUGAGGUAUGGGCGAGGCCGCAGUCUGAAGACGUACGAGGCCACUGUGAAAGAGGCAGACGUGGAGGGGGGAGAGGUGCUCUACCUGGUGCACUACUGUGGCUGGAACAUCAGAUAUGAUGAAUGGAUCAAAGCAGACAAGAUUGUUCGACCAGCCAAUAAGAAUGUACCGAAAAUAAAGCACCGUAAAAAAAUCAAGAACAAAGCCGAGCGGGAGCGAGACCGAUUGGAGAGGCUCAAUGACAGAGACAUCCUCGGUCCUUCACCCAACAAUAACCGUGUCUCUCGCUCCAAGUGUGACCUCAGUCAGGAUGUCUUUUCCAAGCUGGAUGAGGGUGAGGACCAAGGGGCCCAGCAGGACUCUCCACCCAAAUCUAUUGAGAUUACAUCCAUCCUCAAUGGUCUGCAAGCCUCUGAAUUGUUCUCAGACGAGAGUGAUCCUGAGUGUGAAGGAGAGCAGAGUAAAGAAGACCGUGGUACUUGCAGGGAUGGAAAGGGCCAAUCGGAGCUUCAAAAAACUUCAGAAUGGAGAGAAAUUGGCACUCCACCAAAUGGAUCCAAACCUUCCGCAGUCUCAGGGAAGAGCCUUGAGAUAAUAGGUGGGGAAGUGGGGAAGCGCAAACCUGAUUUGAUCGGAGAGGCAAGCACCAGGAAGAGAAAAGCUGAAGGGACGGCAGAGAGGACCCCAAAGAAACAAUCCAAAGCGAGGAGGGCCACAAGGAGUGCAGACUGGUUGCCUGGAGGCUCCUCCAGGAAACUGGAAGAUACGAGUGCUGGUGCCAUGGAAGAGAGAGGAGCCUCAUCUAGCAGCAGUUCGGAUGAUGAGGGAGCAGCAGUUUCUGGUUCCCAGGCCGAGGGCAGUGAACGAAGCCACCCAAAAACCAAAGGUUGCCCUUCCAAGAAGUACAAUGGGACAAAGGAGAAGAGCAAAUCCAGCAGACAAGCAGGGUUCUGGGACAUUCCCGAAAAGCGGGCCAAAAUGUCUGGGAAUGGAGAGGACAAGUCGGCUGUGCGCUCAAAAGGCCAAAAGGACGUGUGGUCCAGCAUUCAAGCGCAGUGGCCAAAAAAGACUCUCAAAGAGUUAUUCUCUGAUUCCGACACAGAGGCCGCUAAUUCUCCCCCUCCGCCUGUACCCUCGAGCCUGGAAGAUACAAGUGUUGUGCAGGAAGCAGGACCUGAGGACGACGCCUCGGAAGAGCACAUAGAAAAUGACAAACUACAAGAGUUCCCAAGCAGCGGCAGUAACUCUGUACUCAACACACCACCCACCACACCAGAGUCCCCCUCAGGUAGAGGCAGUACAUUGGAAGACGGCGUCCAAGCACCACCGCCUUCCCCACCGCCCACACACCCCGGUCUGCCUCCAGUCUCAACUUCUUCAAGUCUCUUGCCAGGACUGGUACAGGAGGAAGUGGCAUGCCGACGGAGCGAGAGUGACUGCAGCACAGUAGAAGUGGAGAGUCUGAGUGGGGAGCUCCCAGAUCUUUCACGGGAUGAAGGAACGGGCUCCCCACCAAAAGUGUUUGAUGCCCCGCUCUCCUACAACAGCAGCAGCAACUGCAGCCUGGAGCUGAGCAGCAGCAGCCAGCAUGACAGCGAGCAGAAGUCCAAAGCAUCUGCGAGUCAGAAACGGCAAAAAGAAUCACAGACGGGCAGCGUCUCGAAGAAACAGAAGACUAACCGCAAGAGCCUUGUUGUGCCUCCCAAAAAGAAUAGGAAAACAGCCAACAGCAGUGACAGCGAGGACCAAUCUCUUGUGGAAGGCUCGCCCAAACCAGCUACCACCAAGAAUGACACAUCGGACGUCAAGGUUGCUGUUUCGCCUAAGUCUCACGGCCGAUCUCCCACGUCAAGCCAUAAGUACCACAAACAGGGUGACGCCGAUCACUCGCAGCACCGGGAAAACCAUGGAAGAUCGCCACGGAUUUACAAGUGGAGCUUCCAGAUGUCUGACCUGGAGAAAAUGAACAGUCUGGAGAGGAUCUCAUUUCUUCAAGAUAAGCUUCAGGACAUCAGGAACCACUACCUCUCUCUCAAGUCUGAGGUGGCCUCCAUCGACAGACGGCGAAAGCGCAUGAAGAAAAAAGAACUGGAAAGCACUGUGGCCGCAUCAUCUUCAUCCUCCUCCUCUUCACCGUCCUCAAGCUCACUGACAGCAGCAGUCAUGUUGACGCUGGCCGACCAACCGGUAUCGUCAUCAUCCUCUUCUUCACAGAACUCCGGGGUAUCAGUAGAGUGCAGGUGACAGGAUGUAGCAGCAAGGAGCCGCCGCACUAAGCACUUAACCAGCACCCUGGGGCCACUGCCCCCAUUUCCUUCCCAGAGGAUGGUCAGUUCAAGCUACAUACUGUAACAACUCGGGCACAACACCAGACCAGAGACAAAAAACAACAACAAGAAAUAAGCACUAUUUUUUAUUGACAACUGUUUUCUUGACAAGCUAAUGGCACUUAAGUGCACUUUCAUGACAAUUGCAUGGGGGGUGAAAUUUGUCUAAACAGAUUCACAAUUGUCUUUUGUGCUCUACUUAAUUCGAAUUGAACGUUUAUAAGAUUGCAUUUUUACAAGCAAUAGCUGUUUCCAUUUGAUAAGAAAUGCGUUGGUAAGGGAUGUUUUCCAUUCAACUCCCUCCUGUGCUCUUUCCUCGUAGCUCAAAAUGGUGCCGCCUGAGCUCACUGUUCAAUUGAGGAAUUCAGAUGAGCAUUGCCACAUUGGCAUUAAGGGCAAAAUAAAUGUGUAACUUAACAAUGUUUGCUGUCCACCGCUGUCAUAAAAAGACCAAAACUUAGUUGGCAACAUUGCUCAUAUCUUCUUCAGGCAUGCAAAUGUUUGCAUUGAGUCUUGGAGGUCACUGGUAGCCACAGUGGAUGGAAUGUGGCAUGAUUCUGUAGUGCCUUUUAGUUCUUUUCCAUGUGGCACUUGGAGGAAGGACAGAACUUUUUACUGCUCCUCCUCUCAAAUCAGAGGGUUGCCUGAAAUUAUAUCCCUUACAAAAGACUUUAAAAUGCAGUGUAACUGAGUGAUUGUGUGUUUGUCUGUAUGUGACGGACAGUGAAUAAUGGAUAGUGAUGGCAGUAAUAUUUAAUUGUAGAACUAUACUGGAUCACCUGUAAUCUACUACUGAAUACUUAUCCAUCUUGGGUAGAAACCAUGCAGUGAUGAUGAACACGAUGGUCGCAUUACUUCACUUCAUCUGCCCUUUUUUUUAACCAUCUCUUUGUUCAUGUCUCCAUUUUUAAGUACAGUAGCUGUCAGUCUGUCUUGACUUAAGACUUGCUGCAUGUCCCCAACUGGAUCAUUGACUUGAAAACAGCCAUAAGAGGUAUUCACAGUUGAAAUGAAGCCGAAUCCCAUGUGUACAGUGUACCAAACAACGUGAAGUUAGUUAUUUGUUAAAUGUGUGUUGUUCUCAUUAAGGCAAAUCAUAGCUUCCCCUGUACUCAUUCAUAUAUCCACUGUCACCCUUCUUCUCAUACUCACCCUUACCAAAAAAUAAAAAUAAACACUUUUCCAUGUAUUAUGGCAAGAAUAAAGGCAAAGCUAUUGUAAAUGUGCAUUUAUAUUAUACAUUGAUGUAUAUGGAUACAUUUUCUGUUCCCUUUGUAUAGACCUCUACUCACUAUACAUUGAUGUAUAUGGAUACAUUUUCUGUUUCCUUUGUAUAGACUCCUACUCGCUGACCUGAAGUUACAUUUUGUUUAGCACUUGUAUGUAAUUGUAUGCUUUUGUUAUAGAUUUGUAUAUUGAGAAGUGUUUUGAGUCAAGCUAUUUAAUAUCUUGCACUGUUAAUAAUGUACUUUUCUGUACAGACAGGUUUAUGCUUUUAACUGUACUUUGUGUAAAUAUUGAGUCACAACGUGCAUGUUCUCCUUUUCCCCAUACACUUAGUCUCGAGCGUUUUUUUUUUGUCAAUUUUGUUUGACUCUUAUUCAUUUUAAUUGUUGUUUCCCCAUACAGUAUUUUGAUUUCCCAUUUUUAAAAAUUUAAUGGUUUACUUUUUAUUCUUUUUUUUGUUUUCAUUAGCUUGUGCUUGUAAGAGAAGAGUGGUGGUUGUUUAAUGAAACUGACCUAUUUUCCAAAUCGCAUGGAAAAUGGUUAGGGUCAAAGAUUAUGAUAAAGGAGCUUGUUGAAAUAGUAUUUAUUAGGUUUAUCAGAUGACGGUCAUUGUGUAAUUUAUUGUAAAAAUGCAAAGCAAAAGCCUCCGUUUGAAAUAAAUGCCAUAGUUUGUGAAAUA